CGGUAAUUUGGAAACAGAUUGCAUUAAAUGCAAAGGUACGAGACAAUACCUUAAUUAGAUCUUAUUGAUAGAGGAUUCUUAUACAGACAGAUCAAGUUGGUUGCUGCCUAAAGUUGGUUUAAAUGUAAACUGUGAUGUCAUAUGAGAAAAACUACAUAAAACUAUUAUAAGAUAUUGGUCAAGUUGUUUGCCAUGACAACACAGAAGAGUUUGUUUUGUAAUGGCAGAAGAUGAGGUUCUGUCUACAGUAAACAACACCACCACGGGUAGAAAUGAUCCUAUAAAUUACACAGUACAAGUUUUACCCCGUCCACUCCUGGAUGACAACUCGAGAGAAAUUGUAAUCUGGAGUUUGGUGUGUGCCUGUAUAACCUUGGUAGCUUUAGGACUGGCCACGUGUAAAUAUUUUAGGGAUAGAUAUGAUAACCCAGAGAGUAAGAGAAAAAGAAAAGAAAGAUCUGAGAAGGAGAAAAAAGAGAAGGAAGAAAAGGCCGUGACAGCAGUGAAGAAGGAGCCUAUUGCAGCAGAACAGUUCAUACAACGAUUUAAACAAAAGAAAUCGGAUAAAUAUUUGAAAAUUGAAGUUCGGGCCAUUGUUCGUAAUCAGGAUGAAUUUCCAUGUACUAUUGCCAUGAUGCCUGACAAUAUACUACUCAACGUUAACCAAGAUGUUGUCUCUUUUGACCAUUCCAGAGUGAUACUGAAGAACCAUCCACCAGAAGAAGACAGUGAUUAUAUCAAUGCCAGCUUUAUUGAUGGAUAUUGUAAACAGAAAGAAUACAUUGCCACACAAGGUCCAAGACAGAAAACCAUUUCAUGUUUUUGGCAUAUGGUAUGGCAAGAAAAUGUUCACUGUAUUGUCAUGGCAACAGGCUUAUUUGAGAAUGCUAAUCAACAGUGUGACAAAUAUUGGGGAGAUGUGUUCAGUGCUCAAAGAUAUGUUCGUCAUGGUGAUAUACACAUCUGGUUAGACGCAACCAUGGAAAUGGCUCAGCUCACCGUUCGCUCAUUCAGAAUACAACAUGAAGGAUCAUCUGUAGAACGUAAAGUGAAACAUUUUGAGAUGGUUGGUUUUAAUGAUGAGGCAACAGACCCUGGCUUUAUUUUAGAUGUCUGUCGUCGUGUCAACAACCAUGUCAAGGCCACUGCUGGACCAAUACUUGUACAUUGCAGGUGUGGUGGUGGUAAAACAGCUGUAUUUAUUGCCAUAGAUUAUUGUUUAAAACAGCUACAAUCAGAUGCCAGUGUUGAUAUAUAUAGUACGGUUUUACAUCUACGCAAAUUUAGAAAAAAUAUGGUGCGCUCCCUGUUCCAGUAUCGCCUUAUAUAUGAAUCUGUUUCUAUGCACAUACAGUGUGGUGCCACUGUGAUGACAGAGGCAGAGGUACCAAUCAUAGCUCAAUAUCUGUCCAAAGAAAAUCCUAAAUCGAAAAUUUCCGGGUUUGAGAAAGAAUUUCAGACAAUUCGUACAUUAGUGCCAAAGUUAAGCAUUGGUGAUUGUGCAGGAGGUCACAGGUCAGAAAAUAGAAACAAAAGUCGAGACAUCAUGCUUCUUCCACCUGAGAGGGCGAGACCAUAUCUUUUAACAGCAGAAUCUGGUGACAACGGUACCGACUUUAUCAAUGCAGUCUUUGUAGAUGGUUAUUACCAAGAGAACAACUUUUUAGUAACCCAGUGGCCUAUGCAACACACAGUUAAUGAUGUAUGGAGAUUGAUCUAUGAUUACAAGAUUACUUCCCUUGUUGUGCUCAAUGAACAAAAGUUUUCAAGGAAGUAUCCCUGUUUCUGGCCAUCAUGGACCGAAGAGGAACAGAAGUUUGGUCCAAUAGCUGUCAGAUUCCUAGCCAGUCAGAAGCUCAACAAUAUUACAGUCAGAGCAUUCUCUAUAAGAAAGCUACCAAAAACUCAAUAUGAUUCAUUACUGAAGCUUGGAUGUGGUGCAUUGAAUUUAAGCUGCAUGCCAAUGCUUCAGACAGAACUUUCCCAGGAACUAGUGACCGUUAGGAUGUUUCAUUUAACAUGCUGGUUAGGAAGAGAGAAAGACUCAAUGAAUUCUAAAUCUCUUAUCUACCUCAUGGAGCUGGUAGAACAAUGGCAGCAUAGGAAUAAUCCAUUAAAUCCUGUAUGUGUCAUGUCAAAAGAUGGAAUGAGUCGAUGUGGAGUUUAUUGUGUAGCCAACAUUUGCUGUGAUCAAUUAAAAGCUGAAGGUGAAGUGGAUGUUUUUGGUGCAGUACGAAUAGUGAAGAAAAAUAGGCCUGCUUUGAUUCCUAAUGUAAUGGAGUAUAUUUUUUCGUAUUCCUUGUUGGUGUCUUUUCUGGCAAUGAUGCAAGAGAACAAACCUAAAAUUGUGAUAACAGGACCCGCCGCUAAGGAAGGUCAAAUUAAUCGUGGAUAUGGACUGUUAGAAACACAGAAUAGCCACCACAUGUUGUUAGAAGAUCAGUUAGACGAGAUAAGUAGGUCAUCACAGUUAAGUUUUUACACUGCUGGUGACCAGACACCUUCUAUGGACGGUAUUUGUCUAGCAGCAAGAGGACACAUUGCUACGUGUAAACGCCCAGUUACACAGCUGCAAAUUCCUCACACAGAUAUUUCAAGUAAUUCUUCAUCUGACAGUAAUUAUGAGAAUGCAAUGUCAAAUAAUUCAUCACGACAAAAUUCAGUGCGGUUGAAAGAUUCAAGGAAAAAGACCAACGGAAAAAUGAAUGGUUCACCAAACAUUAGCAUGGGUAAUGGCAGUGUUAGCUCAAAAUUAGUACAGGUUGAUAGACGGACUAAACCUUCAGUAUGUAGAAGUCCCUCGGGGUCAGCUCAGAGUAUGGAAUACUACACUCCUCACAAGGUGCCGUCUAUAUCUAGUAGUAAAACUAGACGACCAAAACCUGCCUUAAAGAGACAAGAUGCAACGGACCAACUAGAAAUGAUCAGUAUAGACAUUGAAAAUCAAAAUCAUGUUUGUCUUUCAACAAAUUUAUCUCAUGUCUGAUUUUAUCUCAUGUAGGAUA